AUUUAUUCCGUUUUUAAUUAUUUAACGGGUCCACAGUUGUGGUAGCUUUCUGCAGUGAACACCUUACAAAUCAUUAACGUGUUUUUGAAAAUUCGGCGCAAAAAUAACCCAACAGCUGUGAUAGACGGGGCAAAUAUAUUUAUUUGUAUUUGCUGUCAGCUGUCUCGGACAGCACCGUCAGCUUCUAGAGUUAAAGGAAGAUCUGAGGGAAAACUGCCACAAAAUCUGGUGAUAAUAUAUAUAACGAUAAUUUUAGCUUUUUAUUUAAACCUGUACGUAUAAAACAUCAAAAGUUCCAGUGUUUGUGAAAACACAGAGUCGUGUUUUGUGGCAGGGAACGAUGGUGAGGUUUAAAACCCCGAAAUUUUCAAAUGGACUUUGGUCUGCUCAGCAUCGAUUUUACAGUAGUUUUAUAUCGUGUUUACUCGCAUAUGUUUAAAAUUCACUGGCAGGCAUAACUUCCAGGAUGUUUUUUGAUUUGAUCUGAACGUUGGUGGUUAGAGUUCCCAGCCCCAGAAGCCCAAUAUGUGGUUAUUCAGAAAUGCAUGAUGGCAUCUUCCUUCAAGAUUCCCAAGAAGAAACAUCCUCAUGGCUCUGACUCCAGUCCCCUAGACAUGCAGUCACCUCUGUCCCGCCUCCAGACCUCCACCCCUCGACUACAGUUUUACGGGAAUCAGUCCGGCAGAGGUGGAGCUGACAGGAUGCAUUCUGGGAAUGCUGUGGGCGCUUCGUCAGCCAGACAGAGGACGCCGUGUAAGCAGCUCUUAGGAAACUUUGAGACGCAGCAGGAACUCAAGAGCCCCAUCGGGUGUGGAGCUUCAGACGCCAAUCACAGAGCAGCAGGCAGCUGGAGCUGCCAAUCACAAGCAGGGCAGAGAGAAGUGACAUCAAGCUGUUUGUCAAACAGAUGGCGUCCUAAGAGAGCAUCUGACCGGCUGCUGCAGCCUGAGGUGGCUUUAGAGCACCUGUCUCCACCACAGAAGAAGAAAGAGCUGUCAGCUUUGGUCAAUAAAAGGAUCUCCGUGGACUCUCUGGCUGAGUUCAGAGGUGACGAGCAUCUUGGGACUUUGAGUUCUUCUACACUGGGAGACAAGAGGUGGAGGAGAGUUGAGUCUAAUGGAGACACUUCUGAGGAGAAGAGCAACACAGGAACUCCUCCUGAAUCUCCUUUGAAACAACAGACGAAGAACUCUCCUAUCUCCAGAUUGAAUCAAACUCCACCCUCAGGCCUACAAAGAUCAUCUUCUUCCAUCUCCAUGGUCUUAUCGUCGACGACGACGCCAGUAAGGAGGGUGCGACUUGCCUCCACCAGCAACCUGAAGGUCGAUGACAGGGAGAAGGAGAGAGAGAGGUGGAGGCAGUUCAAAGAGAAGACUAAGAACAACAGGUCAGCUGUCCUCCACCUCCGACUGAGGACACCCAAACCGAAGCUGAGCCAACCAACUGAGCCAAUCGUGCUGUCCAGUGAGGAGGAGGAGGACGACGGUGAGGGAAACGGAGAUGAAGCAAAGAGGACGUCACAUAGCAGCAACCAGGUUGAUGAAUCUCGUCAGGGAAACUCUGAGAAGGUGCAGGCUCCCAAACUGGUUCCUGUGACGCCAACGUCCUUCCUGCAGCUGGAGUUCGCCUCUCUUCAUGCUGGCCUCACGGCUGCAGAUGCUAACGGGCCGAUUAUGGGGUGGAAGAGUGUCAGGUCAGCGUGGUGGCGUCUCAGGUUCGGGGUUACGGCCUGUGGGACGGGGGCGUGGCCCGCGGUGGAACUCUGCUGGCUGGUUGGGAAGGCCCCGCCCCCUCACUGCUCUUCCUGUGGGUGACGGAUGCUCAGGCCAACCUGCUGCAGAAGGAGCUGUCCUCCAUCCAGACCUCCUCUUCCUCCUCCUCGUCUUGCUUCUCGGGUCCUCCAUGCUGCUUCAUCCUCCUGCUAUUGAAGGAGCAGCUGCAGGAGCUCCAGGCCGCCCUGCUGGCCUCCAUCCUCGACAUGGAGGAGUACAAAGUCGCCACCCCCUCCACCUCUGAGGGCCCAGCCUCCCCUCUGGACUGGGCCAACGGCCUGCUGCUCCUCCACAGCUGUCCUCCUCCUGUGGACCAGCACCUCCUCAGACUGCUGGGACACUCGACGAGGUCGAGUCAGCUGAGCAGAGGUCAGAGAAACAAGUCCAGCCUAAACUCUGCUGGUCUUCCCACCAGGCUGAUCCAGUACCCCGUGGCCCCCUGCAAAGGCCGCAUCACCGUGACCAAGGAGGACCUGGCCUGUCUGGACGCUGGCGAGUUCCUCAAUGAUGUCAUCAUCGACUUCUACCUCAAGUAUCUCCUCCUGGAGGGCGUUGGCAGCUCGGUGGCUGAGAGGAGUCACGUCUUCAGCAGCUUCUUUUACAAGCAGCUGAGCAGACGGCGAGCGGCUGGCGAGGGCACCGCCCCUAUGUCCCUGACCGUCACACACGGCACCCGGGUGAAGACGUGGACCCGCCACGUGGACAUUUUCACCAAAGACUUCCUGUUCGUGCCUGUCAAUCAAGAAGCUCACUGGUACCUGGUGGUGGUGUGUUUCCCGGGUCUGGAGGAGGCUCGGUACGAGGAGUUUCAGAGGCGAGCAGGGAAAUCCGGAGCUGCUGAAAAACCAAACUCUAGUCUCGUAUCGCAGCAGCCACCAGAGUCCAGUGAGCAGGGCUGGAAGAAGGACACAGUCUUAAAGAGGCCGUGCAUCCUGGUCAUGGACUCACUGAAACUGUCGUACCACGACAACGUCUGCAGACUCAUCAGAGACUACCUGCAGGUGGAGUGGGAGGUCCGCAGGAAGUCGCCUCGUCUGUUCACGUCCGACACAAUGAAGAGCUUCAACUGCAAAGUCCCUCAGCAGGACAACAGCAGCGACUGUGGACUCUACCUGCUGCAGUACGUCGAGAGCUUCUUACAGAACCCCGUGGUGCACUUUGACAUCCCGCUGCGGUUGGAGAGCUGGUUUCCGCGGCAGCGAGCGCGACAGAAGCGCGAUGAGAUCCGAAGUCUAAUCAUGAGUUUGCACCAGAGUCAGCUGAAGGAGGAGGAGCCAAAACCGUCGCCGAGCCGCUAACUUGCCGCCACCGCUGCUGCUGCUUCAUUGACUGCUUCCUGUUUCACUCAGAGUCAAACUAUAUGUCUGUGAAUGUACAUAAAUUUUUACUGACACUUCCUGGUUUUUAAAAUAAAAGUAUUUAUUUAAAUUUUACAAUGUGAGGCUCUUAUUUUGAAAGCCUGGAGCUGGCGUGCUGCAGAGUGAAACGUGUAAUUGGUGAAUUAAUUGGUAAUCAGUUGUGAGUGAAGUGAGGAGAGUGUGUCCUUGGUGUUUGUCUAAGCUGGGGUCAGAGGUCACUGGGUUACUACCAGCGAGUGUCUUGGUGUUUUCUAGCAUUCCGACUUCUUUAAUCCACUUUUUAAAUUUAUUUUCCUUCAUAUUUUAGUUGUCUCCUGUUCGAACAUAAUGCGA